AUGAUCCAAGGCUGCGGCAUAUUCCUCAAUCCUCUCCUUUCGGUUGCUAUCACAGUGUCCUCUUGCUCCGUAGGAUCCUUCCCUUGUCUUCCUGUUUCAGUGAUUUCACCCCAUCGCUGCCACCAGAUACGUACUACUUUCAAGGCGUUGUCCCACACUCUGCCUCCGCACGUGUACACCAGCCUCACUGAGCAAACCACUAAAGUCUGGAUUCUCAUUUUGGCAUGGCAACCUAGUUUGACACUGCAGAUUCCCUCCUCGCUGUGCGGCAUGUGCACCAAGUACACUUCGUGGUCAAGACUUUACCUCAUGGACCACGUCUAUGAGCCGACUUGUCUACCAAUAACCAACUAG